ACCCCCAAAAAUCCGUCUUCCCUUCCAACAGCAACCACAGGUUUCUCCUCCUCCACCCCUCCUCACCCUCGCUCCCUGGUCACCGCCCGCGACGAACCCGACGCGAGCGAGGUGCGAGGGAGUGAGAAGGGGAGGGGCUACUGUCAUGGACGCCAGGCUGCUGCACCUGUCCUUCGACUGCCCGGCCGUCGCCGGCGGCCGGCCGUCCCGUCUACCUGCGGGGCCACGGAUGGCUCCCGCUGCACCCCGCGCGCUUCCCCGGACCUCAUCCGUCCGCGCGUCCGCCGGGGCCGCAGCCACCGCCGCUCGAGGCCAUCUGCCGCACCACGGCUCCGUGGCUGGGGAAACCAGUCGAACUUACACUGUUGGUGAUUUUAUGACUAAACGGGAAGAACUUCACGUUGUGAAACCAACCACUUCAGUUGAUGAAGCCCUUGAGAGGCUGGUGGAGCAUAGGAUAACUGGUUUUCCUGUUAUCGACGAUGACUGGAAUUUGGUUGGUGUUGUCUCAGAUUAUGAUCUGUUAGCACUGGACUCAAUAUCAGGAAAUGGAAUGGCUGAAGGAGACAUAUUUCCUGAGGUGGACAGCACUUGGAAGACAUUUCGUGAGAUACAGAAGCUCCUGAGCAAAACCAAUGGGCAAGUAAUUAGUGAUGUUAUGACUUCUUCACCUCUCGUGGUGCGUGAAACUACUAACCUUGAAGAUGCUGCAAGGUUACUCCUUGUAACUAAAUACCGCAGGCUGCCUGUAGUCGACAGCUCAGGCAAACUGGUUGGGAUCAUUACAAGAGGGAACGUCGUCAGAGCUGCCCUUGAAUUUAAGAAAAAGGUUGAAGGGAGCCUUUGAAGUGUAUGGUGCAGAUGAUCCUUUUGGCGGCUGGAGUUUGAGUAGGCAAUUGAACGAAGCAAUUGUUGCAGCGACUACCAAACUUGUCCAUGUUUAUAUAGCGCACUAGUUCAGAAGCAGUCCAUUGUAGGCUGUAGUGCUGUCGGGCAUCAUCGAUCAGCGCAGUGUACUAGUUUCGUUCGCUGUUUUCAAUAGGUUCAGUUACCGGUCGCGUGGUUAAAACCUGUGGUUACUGGUUCUCUCCGAUUGAAGUCCUAAUGUCAAGCUAUAUAUUUCGUAGAGAAUAUUCCACUUUCCCA